AUGCGUGUCAAUUCGAUAUUGGUCGCGUCAUUGUCAUGCCUUUCUAACGGUCUUGCUGCGCCUAAUGGAGGAGGCCGUCAUUCAGAUCUUCCAAUUGUUGACUUGAAAUAUGAACUACACCAAGCCAUUUCAUUUAAUUCCACUCGACAGUAUUAUAAUUUUUCAAAUAUCCGAUAUGCGCAACCCCCCAUUGGAGAAUUCCGAUUCGCCGCACCUCAGCCUCCCAAGGUCGACAGAAAAGAAGUUCAAAAAGGGGACCUAGGCAGAAUAUGUCCUCAAGCCUCCCCAGCGUGGUUCGCGACGCAGACAGGGUUCAUCUUAGACUACUUGGGUAUCCCCAUACCGCCGAGGAAUUCGUCGUCAGUUCCUUCCGUAAGCAUCGACCCGCGCACCACGGAGGACUGCCUAUUCCUCGACGUGCUCGUCCCGAAGAAAGCCUGGGAUGGGAGAUACGGACAGAAGAAGGCUCCGGUCCUCGUCUGGAUCUAUGGCGGUGGCUACACGGUAGGAGAGAAAUCGUCGUUCUUGGGAUCGCCAGUCGGGUUGCUGGAGCGGGCUGAAAAUGACCUUGUCUUCGUCUCGAUGAACUAUCGCGUCGGCGCGUUUGGAUUCCUAUCAGGCCCUACGUUCCAAGCGGACGGGGGAACCGCAAACGCAGGACUUUUGGAUCAGCGACUUGCGCUGCAAUGGAUUCAAGAGAAUAUCUCCAAGUUUGGAGGUGACCCUGAUGAGGUGACCGUGAUUGGCGAGUCAGCGGGCGGUGGCUCAAUCAUUCACCACAUUACUGCAUACGGAGGGCUGAAAGGCCGUGCUCCUUUCGCUCGUGCAAUUCCCCAAUCCCCUGGCUUUCUCCCUACGACCAGCAGUCAUCAGCAGGAAUCGACGUUCCAGAAAUACAUGUCAUUGCUGAAUGUCUCCACCCUCGCAGAGGCACGGCGUGUCCCAAGCGAAGCGGUCAUCCGCGCCAACAUCGCCCAAGUCAACGAAUCCAUCACCGGCACGUUUGCGUUCGGCCCGGUUGUCGACGGCAGCUUCACGCCUGCCCUUCCUGGGCAGUUACUCGCUCGAGGACAGUUCGAUAAGCGGUUAGAUGUCAUGCAUGCGUUCAACUCGCAGGAAGGCUUGUUGUUCACUCCCUCGUACGUCACGAAUGAGGAGGCUUUCCGCAACUACACUGCCAUCUCCCUACCCACGAUCGAACCAGAAACCCUGGAUUAUCUUUUCACCGAGUUAUAUCCACCGGUAUUCGAUGGAAGCACCCCAUACAAAGACCACAUCGGCCGUGCCGCCUUCUCCACAUCCGAGUCGAUCUUCAUAUGCAACACCCGCUACCUCGCAACGGCAUAUGGCGGGAAGACCUUUGGCUACGAAUUUACCAUCUUUCCCGGCCUGCAUGGACUCGAUCUUCCCUACACGUUCUACGAUGGCGAGCCGGCGAAGGUAACCGGCAACGUCAACAUUGCGUUGGAGCACCAGCGUGCCAUCGUGUCCUUUGCGAAGAGUGGCGAUCCGGGAUUCCCGGUGUACGGGGCGAAUUCAACCAUCCGGAUUUACGGUUCGGCCGGCGUAAGUACAGCGAGAGAUCCGAAUGCUAAUAAGAGAUGCGACUGGUGGCAAAAGGCUCUGUACGCUUGA